CCCUGCUAUGAUGGGUCCCUUAGUUGUUUCCUGGGACAAUCCAACUACCCACCCGGUAACUGGGUAUGUGUCUUGGUCUUAUCUGAUUUGGUGUCUCAUCUGACUAAGUGCCAGGGAUUUAGGGUGUGGGAGUUUUGUAUUAUUUGGUGUGAAACAGCCAAGCAGGGUUCAAAUUGGAAGGUCCCAAAUGACUUCACAUCUAGAUUUAGACUAAGGUAAACACAUGUCAUUAGUAUUGUGGUAGAACCUGAUGAGACACUGAGCAACUUGAAGACAAGUUCCUUCCCCAGGAAUGGUUUAUAAUCACAUUAUUUUAUCUAUGAAAAUAGAAUAAUGAGAAAAAAUAUUUUGCAUUGAUUGAAUUAAACAGUGUAGUUCUGAUUGGACUGGUACAUCUAGCUCAGGGUAAGCUGUGUUGUACUCUCAUUGUCUUAUGAAGUUAAAAUAGGCCUAUCCCACAAUCCAGCAAUUCUCUCUCUCAGGGAUUUAGCCAAAGGCAAUGAAAACACCUGUGUACAAAAAUCCUGGCAUGUGCAAAUCCUGGCACCUUUAUUCAUAAUAGCUAAAAGUUUGAAACAACUCUACAGUAUAACAAUUGAGAAAAGAAGAGAUUCCCCAGGAGCCACGUCAGGGCCCACAGCCUUGUGACAAGGAAGGGAGUCACUUGCUGCACAGCUCUGAAAAAGGAAAUCCAGGAGCGGCCCCUUUAAGAGGAAGUUAAGUCAAGGCCCUGCCUACCUUUCUCUUGCGACUGCAUUUCCCAGUGCCCCUCGCAGUUGAGUCUUGGCGUUGCCAAGGAGAAUGGGUAAAGCACUCCUCCUGGGCCGGAUGCAGGAGUGAUACUACACUAACUAGAAGGCGCAGGAAGACGGUGGUGGGCUCUGGACCAAUGACAGCUCAGGAGAAGAGCUAUUUCCUGCGUUUCUCUGAAGUGGGGGCAGGACUUCCGGUGUCGCCAUUGUGGGCGUUCAUUUUGCUCUCGACAGGUCGUCCCAUCCUGCCCUUGGGUACAGGAGUGCUAGGUCUGGCCCUUCCGAGACGCUUCCUCGGGACCACUCGGGACAGUUAGAAGGAUGGGGCCGACCAGCGAACCUUUGUACGCGCCAUGAUCCCUGUUACAGGGGCCUCCUCCGCACUGGUCCUCAGCCACCGUGGCCCGCAGAGGUGGCCCCUGCGCCUGGAGCGCAUUUACACAGUGGAGACUGAGGCCUGGGGCUUGACGAUCGGCCUGCGGUCUUCCCGCCCAGUGGACUGUGGGCGUCCCCGAGCCCGCAGGGCCUGCCCAGUCCGAUGGCUGUGGUGGCGCCGAUGGCCCUGGCGCGGCUGUGUCCAUCAUGGCAGAGCCAGGUGACCUUUGAGGAUGUAGCUGUAUAUUUCUCCCAGGAGGACUGGGGCUCCUUGAUGAGGCUCAGAGGCACCUGUACCGUGAAGUGAUGCUGGAGAACUUUGCACUUGUGGCCUCACUGGGACUUACAUCCUCCAAGUCCUGUGUGGUUGCUCUCCUGGAGCAGGGUAAAGAGCCCUGGGUGCCAGACAGGGUGGAUAUGCUUCUGGUCACAAGACGGGCUGAGAUGGAGCCUUGCCCUGAUUGCUGGUGUGCAGUGAAGGAAGCCCCAUCUGAGCAGGGUGUUUCUGAAGAAAAUGUGUUCUGGUUCAGGACCUCUGAGAUAGGGACUUCCACCCAGAAAGCCAAGAUCUGUGACAUAUGUCACCCAGUCUUCAAAGAUAUUUUGUGCCUGUCUGAGCACCAUGGAAUAAACCCUGGACAGAAGCUGUAUAUCUCUGGGGCAUGUGAGAGAGGCUUCUGUAUCAGUGGGAACCAGGCCCACAAAGAACACAGUGCUGAGAAGCCCUUGAUGUGCAUGGAGAGUGAGAAGGAUAUCCUGGAAGUCCGUGACCUCUUCCAGCACCAGGCAACCUCCAGUGGGGUUAAGCUACAGAGGAGCACUGAGCACAGGGCAGCCUUCCCAUCCAGCUCCAAUCUCAGACAGGAACAAGGAGUCUUUGAUGCACAGAAGCCCUUCAAGUGCAGCAAAUGUGGGAAAACCUUCCUGAAGGCCUUUGCACUCCUCGACCACCUGCUAAAUCAGGCUGAAGAGAGACACUUCAGGUACCCCACAGGUGGAAAUGCCCCCAGGGAGAAUUCAAUACAUGUUAAUCAUGAAGCAUUUCACACUGGAGAAACAUCCCAUGUGUGUACAGGAUGUGGGAAGGCCUUCAGCCAUCAGUUUCAACUGAGGACACAUCAGAAAAUUCACACUGGAAAAACACAUCACAAUUGCAGGGAAUGUGGGAAAGUCUUCACCCGCAAACACUCACUCGUUCAGCACCAGAGAGUUCACACUGGAGAAAGGCCUUAUGAGUGUCACCAGUGUGGGAAGGCCUUCACUCGUAGCUUCCAUGUUAGCCGGCAUCAAAAAGUUCAUAACACAGAAAGACCUUAUGAGUGUAGACAGUGCCGGAGAGUCUUUAGUUGUAUCUCUAACUUUGUUGAGCACCAGAAAAUACACACAGGAGAAAGGCCUUAUGAGUGCAAUGAAUGUGGGAAAGCUUUCAUUAACAACUCCCAUCUUGCUCGGCACCAAAAAGUUCAUAACACAGAAAGGCCUUUUGAGUGUAGCCAAUGUGGGAAAGCCUUCCGGCAAACCUCCAAACUUAUUCUACAUCAAAGGAGUCAUACUGGAGAAAGACCUUAUAAGUGCAAACAAUGUGGGAAAGCCUUCAGUUGCCUCUCCAACCUCAUUCCACACCAGCGUAUUCAUACUGGAGAAAAGCCUUAUGAAUGCUUAGAGUGUGGCAAAGCCUUCAGUCAAAGUUCUGCCUUCAUUCAGCACCAGAAGGUUCACACUAGAGAAAGACCUUAUGAAUGCAGUGAAUGUGGGAAAUCCUUCAGCUAUAGCUCUAACCUUGUUAAGCACCAGAAAGUUCACACUGGAAAAAGGCCUUAUGAAUGCAGCCAGUGUGGGAAAGCCUUCAGUGAAAGCUCCAUCCUCAUUCAGCACCAGAGAGUUCAUACUGGGGAAAAACCUUAUGAGUGCAACAAAUGUGGAAAAGUUUUUCGCUACAGUUCUAACCUUUCUAAGCACCAGAAAAGUCACACUAGAAAAGAGCCUUCUAAGUGCAGUGGACACGGGAACACCUCAGUCAAAAUCCCAGUCUCAUUCAACACCAGAAAGGUCACACAAGAGAAAGGCCUUAGGAUUGUGAGUAACUUGGGAAAGCACUUAGCUGAGGCCUUCUCCUUGUUCACCACAAAAGGAUUCACUCAUGAGAAAACUUCUGUGAGAGGUUUUGGAAAGAAGCCAUCAGUUGAAAUUUGAAAUUUGCACAUCCCAGCACUACUCCUGGGGGAGAUUACCUGUGAGUGCCAGAUUUGUGGGACACUUUCAGAAGCUAUGUUACACUCUCUAACUCGUCCAGGCCCUUUGUCAGAUAAUGCCACUGCCAGUUGCCAUCUCACCUCUACCAGAUGGUAGACCUCCACAGUGUGCACCCAUCAUACUCAGGGACAGACCUCUGUGGUCUCUCUCUCAUUCCCUGGAGGCAAUUAUGAGUGAUGGGAAGCCAUUGGAGCCACCUCAUUUCCCAUCUUUCCCCUGACCCAAACGGUUUAGGCUUUGCCCUGACCUAGUUCUCUCCAAGAGGAUCUGGAGUCUCUUGAGGACUUCCAAAGAAGAUUUUUCCUUCUUGGUCCUUGUUGAGUCUACUGGUGACACCUGUAAUGGAUUUAUCCAGCUUCCAAAUCAUCCAACCCUGGAAACACCUACCUCCAGAGUGUGUGAUAAUAAAGGCCUUAUUAUUCAAGCCA